UGAAACAUAAACAGGAAGCGGCUGGGCAGAGUUUUGGGGAGUUGUUGGACAGCCAUUGCAGUGUCGUGUCUCAGCAACAAAACACGAAAGGGGUGAGGAAGACCUGGCAUCUCACUGGCUCCCUUUUCACUGAAAGACUGAUUUAUAUGGUUGUUUGAACGAACACACUCGGUAACUCUAUCUACACUUAAAAACGGGAUUCAACAGCUCCGGAUAUGUCCUUCCUAUUUGAUUGGAUUUAUAGCGGUUUCAAUAGCGUACUACAGUUUUUAGGACUGUAUAAGAAAUCCGGCAAGUUAGUAUUUCUUGGCCUGGACAAUGCUGGCAAAACAACGCUACUGCACAUGCUCAAAGAUGACAGAUUGGGACAGCAUGUGCCAACUUUACACCCAACCUCAGAAGAGCUGACGAUUGCUGGCAUGACUUUCACCACCUUUGACCUCGGAGGUCACCAACAAGCCCGCAGAGUGUGGAAAAACUACCUCCCUGCAAUCAACGGCAUCGUUUUCCUGGUGGACUGUGCAGACCCCGACAGGUUGACUGAAUCCAAAACAGAGCUUGAUGCAUUAAUGACAGAUGAGACCAUCGGAAACGUGCCCAUCCUAAUCCUGGGCAACAAGAUCGACAGACAAGAUGCCAUCAGUGAAGAGCGGCUGAGGGAAAGGUUUGGAUUAUACGGACAUACAACAGGGAAGGGCAACAUUCCCCUGAAGGAUUUGAACACGAGACCACUGGAGGUGUUCAUGUGCAGCGUGUUGAAGAGGCAGGGUUACGGCGAGGGCUUCCGCUGGCUCUCCCAGUACAUCGACUAAAGCAAUUAAGGCAGCGCCACCAACCACAGGGCGCCGAAUCCAGCCGCCGUUACCAUCAGAACCGUCAUACUCAACCCCACCUUUGGUUAAAACAAGUCUGCGUUCACUUCCAGAACAGCCAGUACAGCUCGAUCCCAAUAGACUUUUAUUGGUGGAAUAUUUGGUUCUGCACUUGCAGCAUUCCCAUCUGUUCGUUCAUCGUCAUCUAUCUUUUUUUGUUUUUAUUUAGAGGGCAGCAUUGGCUCCACGGCAAACGACGUUCACAUUCAAGCGAAUGAAUCUUUUCUAUAUCGUGUUGGUCGUUUGCUGCCGUCUGUCCCUCCCUUCCUGCCAUCUGUUGAGUGUGAUGAUGGAUGCAUUCUAACUGUAAAUCUGUAUAUGAUUCCACUGAUCAAUCAGCAGUCCUUAAAGCCUUUUCCUCCUCUUUAACUCCGCUUGAGCAAAUGAUGAGCGCAGCAUAGUUGGAUGUGUUGCAGUACACUUUUUUAACAGUAAAGAGUUCAUUCAAAAUUGUAUUUAACCAGUGCUUUUUCUUUUUUUCUUUUAUUUUCUCCUCCUCCUCUCGAUCUGUAACACCUAGAUCACUGAUGCGGCUUAAAUGAACAUUUUUCUCAUCCUAAAAUUAAUGAAAUCCAUGUCUUUGGUAGGCUUGAAAUGCUUUAGCUCCAGGCUUCUGUCUUCGAGGCAGAGUAGCUAUGUGUGUGCAAAAAGCCAUUGGGCUCCCUUGUAAACAAAAGCAUGGGGUCAAAGUAUUACUUAUAGAAAGAUUUAUUAUUUUUUAUAUAUAGGAAAUGACACCGUCUAUUCGAUGCAUUUAAAAGCCAGUAAAUCUGAGGAGGGGCGUGGCUGUAAAAUCUAGUCCGUAUACUGAAGGUCAGACUACAAGUGUGUCUUUCUGCUCUGACCAGGUAAAGACCAGAGGACACACAGGAAACACCUUGAAGAAAAGGAACCAUGUCUAUGAAAUCUACAUGAACACCAUCCAUAGAUUUUGUAUUUAGAAGUGGUAUCCUUUUGAUGUAUGUGCAUUACCAGAAUAUUAUGCAUGCCUUGUUUUUCUUUUCUUUUUUUUUUUAAAUGACCAAUUACAAAAAAGGAGGGAAGAAGAUGCCAAAAUUUCCAACAAGAUACGAUUGUCAUGUUUUUUUUGUUUGUUUUUUAAACUGAAAGUAACUGAAGUGCGCAUAACACACUUUGUGUCCCUUUGUGUCUCUUUCAUUCCCUCAUGAAUCGAUGAUGAGCUGUUCCAACAAGGAUGGGACUUGCUGUUGUUUGCAUCAUAAAAAAAAUAUGUAAUAAAUGUUUGCAAUGAAAAAAAAUGGGCUUUACCAUUCAUCAGUAAUGCUGACUUAUUUUUAUUUUAUUUUCCAAACUCUGACAAUAAAGCAAUGAGAAAUAUG